AUGAUCAUUGCACUUAUUUUUGCAGGUGUAACUAAAGAAGAACGUAGCACAGACUCCAAGCCUGAGCAGUCGGGCUACGCCCCUUUGAUUUUACCUCCUCCAAUUGGAGGUCCCCUACCCCUCGACCAUGGUGCUGGACUAGGCAGUGGUGCCGCCAUCAACAGUGCAGGAGCAGCCAGUGCAGCUCAACUCAGUGCUAUCCAGAACGCUCAAGCAGCACAAGCCGCUCAGAUCGGAAACGCCGCUGCCGCCGGUAUCCAGAAUGCCCGCGCUGCAGAAAGUGCCGCAAGAGCAGGACAAGCCAACGCUAUUCAAAAUGCUCAAGCACUCGACGCGACUCGUAUCGCAAACGUACAAAGAGCUCAAGCAGCGGCCUAUGAAAAUGCAAGAGCUGCUGAUGCGGCAAGACGGGCUGCUGCAGCAAGCGCGUUGGAACUUUCCCGAGCUGUAGAAGCAGAACGUGUUGCCAACGCAGCUCGAGUCCAAGCUGUUGCGAUCGCCAACGCCCGAGCUAUCGCAGCGGCCCGUAUCGCAAACGCGGCGAGAGCUCAAGCUGCCUCGGUAGCUGCAAGCGCUGCCCAAGCGCAAGCUGUAGCAGACUCUGUGGCUAGACAAGCUCAUGACGAUGGCUGGGUAGGAUCUCCCGUUAUCUCAGCUGGUCCGGUCUAUGCUUCCAUUCCAAGUAAUGGCUAUGAUGUCCAUGGUUAUGGAGGCUAUGGUUAUGGUCCCAGAUACUAUCACUAA